ACUUCAGAGUUAAGACUGUCUAUAUACACAACUAGAAAUUAGAAUACGCAUUUACAUACAGAAAAGUUACAGGGAUUUUACGGCGAGAUAGUCGCCGGACACCGUACAACGCCGCCUGAAUCUCCCUCUACGACCACCAACACCAUGAACACCACUGAAUCCAUCAAUUCCGGCGUGGCGGCGCCGGAAAUCGACGAAAUUAGAAGCGAAAUCGACGAUGACGAGAGAGAAAAUGAAGAUAUUGACAAUGAAUUUGGUGAGUUGAACUCACAGGAUGGAGAAGAAGACGAUGAAGAAGCUGAACUAAGCCCUAAGCUUGCUGAAGGCUUCUACGAAAUCGAAACUGUUCGUCGAAAGCGAGUUCGAAAGGGGCAAGUUCAGUAUCUAAUUAAGUGGCGGGGAUGGCCGGAGACGGCGAACACUUGGGAGCCGUAUGAGAAUCUUGUAUCGUGUUUCGAUGUUAUUGAAGCAUUUGAAGAGGGCUUGCGGUCAGGGAAGCAUAGAUCACGCAAGCGUAAACGGAGGUCUACUGGCUUGGUGCCUCAAGGUAAGAAGAAGACACAGGGUACUCCUGGUGCGUCUACUUCUAGUCCAGUAACUGCUGGGAAGGUUAAGUUUGAUGAGGGAAACUUUAUCAUUCCUUUUGUUGGUGAUGUGAGUCACGAAGAUGGUGGUUGGUCGGAAAUGGGAGGUAUCAUUAAUGAUGAUGCAAUAGGGCAAGGUAAUGGAAAUGGAUCUGUUGGCAUUCCUCCACAUGUUGAAGAAGAGAAAGAUGGGUAUGAAAAGGAUGUAAACGUUGGUGAAUCUACUGGCACACAAUUGACCAAUAGGGGCUCAGGUUUGUUGGACAUAAAUAAUCUGGAGUCGCAAAUUUGCUUUGAAAAUGGACAUCAAAGAGAUGACAGUGAGGGACUAGACCAAGCUAACGUCCGCCUGAGGAAAAGAAGGAAGGCUGCAUCUGUGAAAAGGUUUAGCCAAGAACAAACCGCACAACCCGCACUUAUAACAAAUUAUGCUGCAAUAGAUCAAGGAAAUGGAAAGAAAUCUGUUGAUAUUCGUCAACAAGUUGAUGAGGGAAGAAAUCACUAUGACAUGGAUGUAAACCAUGGUGAAUAUGCUGGCACACCAUUGAUUAAUUGGAGCUCUAACAGGGUUGCCGUAGAUAUUUUGGAGUUGAAGACAUCAGAGGCAGUUUGCUUUGAAAAUGGACAUCAAAAGUUUGAUGGGGUGGGACAAGUCCAAGCUAACGUCCGCUUGAGGAAAAGAAGGAAGGUUGCAUCUUUGGAACGGUUCAGCCCAGAACAAACUCCGCAAACCACACGUGUAACAAGUUAUGCUACAAUAGAGCAAGGAAAUGGAAAUAAAUCUGUUGAUAUUCCUCUACAAGUUGAAGAAGGAAGAGAUAAUUAUGAAAUGGAUGUAAACCCUGGUGAAUAUGCUGGCACAACAUUGAUUAAUUGGGGCUCAGGUAGGAUUGGCGUAGAUGUUUUGGAGUCGAAUACUUCAGAAACAAUUUGCUUUGAAAAAGGACAUCAGAAGGUUAAUGGGGAGGGAUUAGUUCAAGCCAAUGGCCGCUUGAGAAAUAGAAGGAAGGCUACAUCUGUUAAAAGGUUUAGCCAAGAACAAACCCCGCGUGUAACAUAUUAUGCUGCAACAGGGCAAGGAAAUGGAAAUGAAUCCAUUGAUAUUCCUCUACAAGUUGAAGGAAAAGAUCACUAUGAAAUGGAUGUAAACCCUGGUGGAUAUGCUGGCACCCCAGUGAUCAAUGGGGACUCGAGCAGGAUGGCAGCAGAUAUUUUGGAGUCAAGGACAUCAGAAGCAUUUUUCUUUGAAAAUGGACAUCAAAAGGUUGACGGGGAGGGACUAGUUCAAGCUAAUGGCCGCUUGAGGAAUAGAAGGAAGGCUGCGUCUGUGAAACGGUUUAACCAAGAACAAACCCCGUGUGUAACAAAUUAUGCUGCACAAGAUCUGACAACAAAAAACACUCGUGCUGGUGGUAUAGCUGGACAAAACUGGGAUAAAAAUUCUGUUCACAGGAGCACGUCUGACAAUAGUGCAGAUACAUUUUCUAUCACCGAGAUUAUCAAGCCAAUAAGCUUUUCAUCUUCAGGAUCUAUAGCGGACAUCUUAGUGACCUUUAUGGCCAAGAGAUCCGAUGGAAAAGAAGUGAUGGUUGAUAAUAAAUACCUCAAGGCUAAUUAUCCUCUUCUGUUGAUCAAUUACUACGAGCAACAUCUGAACUAUAAUGCUACAGCAGGACCGGACAGAUCUGGGAGAGAAUAUUUGACCGGAUAAUUACAAAUGUAGUCUUUCUCAUUUUGUUGUACUGUUGCUUGAGACAUUAGUGCAGUCAAUUUUUAGUGCUUGAACUAUGUAUUAAUACUGAAGAUUUGUGAUCGUGACUUGUUCCUAGGGUCUUGUGAAACGUAUACCUUGUUACUAUUAUAUGACCCUGUCUGUAUCCUUUUAGUUGAGAAACAUAUUUUUCACAGGCUAUAUUUUAAUUCAAAGAAGCCUUUCUUCAUGUAGAGACAUGGGAAAGAACACCAGUUCUUGGAA